UUGGGGGAGGCCUGUCGACUCGGCGCCCUGCAGACCGACGGACGUUCGGGGCGGAUCGAAGAGGGGCUCGGCGCCCCCUGCGUGCACGUGUGCUAGCCCGGGCAGGAGGGAGCGCCUCCGCGGAGGAGUCCAGGAAGAGGGGGCAGGGAGAGGCGCUCCACAACCUCGGUCCCGGGCGCCCUGGUCGGCCGCGGUGGAGCUGCAGCUUCCAACAGGUAGCCGCAUCGCCCGGAGCCAGGCCUGCCUGGAGCGCUGCAUGCAAAUUCAGCUGCUGGCUAGGGCACACUAACCCGAGUUGCAGGCAUGGACUUCGUCAUGAAGCAGGCCCUUGGAGGGGCCACCAAGGACAUGGGGAAGAUGCUGGGCGGAGAAGAAGAGAAGGACCCCGACGCACAGAAGAAGGAAGAGGAGCGGCAGGAGGCACUUCGGCAGCAAGAGGAGGAGCGCAAGGCCAAGCACGCGCGCAUGGAGGCCGAGCGCGAGAAGGUCCGGCAGCAGAUACGAGACAAGUAUGGGCUGAAGAAGAAGGAGGAGAAGGAGGCCGAGGAGAAGGCAGCCCUGGAGCAGCCCUGCGAGGGGAGCCUGACCCGGCCCAAGAAGGCCAUCCCAGCAGGCUGCGGGGAUGAGGAGGAAGAGGAGGAGGAGAGCAUCCUGGACACGGUGCUCAAAUACCUGCCCGGGCCGCUGCAGGACAUGUUCAAGAAGUAACCGGCACCCCCACCCCCGAC